AUUUAUACUGAGGUGUUCUGGUGAUACCUAGCUCGCUUGGUGUCUCCAAACACUCAACAACUUCAGUGACAACCUCAGUGACCAACAUCUCCUUUUCUCUUGCACUUAAUAAAUAAAAAAAGAGAGGUUUUGCGUGGGCAGGUUCUCUGUAGUGGUAUUCAAUAUUUUUUUCCUGUCUUAGCUGUAACACUCCAUCUCCGCAGGUGCGCAAGCGACAUAUUUGGAGAUGUGCAUUACUUUACUGUGCGUUUUCGUAAAGCUCCGUUAAAGCUGGAGAAGCCACGUUCCUGAGACGUUGCGCAGCCGCGAUGCGUUCCUGCGUGCUGAGUGAUUGAAAACGGAAGAUCCUCGCUGUGCGCUUCACAAGCGACUGGGCGCGAGCACCAUACGUACCAAACCAGGUGGAUAUAGUGAAGCCGAUCACCAGAUUUUAGGAGCUGAAUUCGGAUAUCAUUAUCAGUACAGCAACACUAUGCAUCACCUCUGUCCCCAGCAUACCUCCACUACCUGCCUGUCUGCUCUCCUCAUCAUCAUCCUUAGUGUUACGCAGUUUUCCCAGGCCACCUCAGAUGCAUCGCACAGUAGCCCAGGAAACUGUUCUGAGGAGACCGGCUGCUCUGAGGGUGUGGUACUUCCUGUAUGGAACCCUCAGAACCCAUCAGUGGGAGAUAAGGUGGCGCGAGCCAUUGUCUAUUUUGUUGCGCUCAUCUACAUGUUCCUGGGAAUGUCCAUCAUUGCGGAUCGCUUCAUGUCCUCCAUUGAGGUCAUCACCUCGCAAGAGAAGGAAAUCACCAUUAAGAAGCCCAAUGGAGAAACGACCACUGCCACGGUCCGCAUCUGGAACGAGACCGUCUCCAACCUGACGUUAAUGGCGUUGGGUUCUUCAGCACCUGAGAUCCUGCUGUCUGUGAUUGAAGUGUGUGGCCACAAAUUUGAAGCUGGUCAUCUUGGUCCCAGCACCAUAGUAGGCAGUGCUGCGUUCAACAUGUUUAUCAUCAUCGCUAUCUGUGUCUACGUUGUUCCUGAUGGUGAAGUAAGAAAGAUAAAACACUUGAGGGUCUUUUUUGUAACCGCAGCUUGGAGUAUGUUUGCUUACAUCUGGCUCUAUCUGAUCCUAUCAGUAUUUUCUCCUGGUGUGGUAGAGGUCUGGGAAGCUGUGCUGACGUUCCUCUUCUUUCCCAUUUGUGUGCUCCAAGCCUGGAUUGCAGACCGCCGUUUGCUCUUCUACAAGUACGUUCACAAGCGCUACCGUGCCGACAAGAAUCGGGGAAUCAUCAUCGAAACGGAGGGUGAUGGUAUAUUCACAAAGAUGGACAUGGAGAUGGAUGGGCAGGGCACCAACUCUCACCACAAGGAGGUUCUGGAUGGCAUGCUUGCUGGCGUAGAGGAGGGAGGAGGCGGCGGAGGAGGAGGUGGAGAAGAAGAAGAGGCACGAAGGGAAAUGGCUCGUACGCUGAAGGAGCUGAAGCAGAGGCACCCUGAGAAGGACAUGGAGCAGCUGAUUGAAAUGGCCAACUACCAAGUGUUGGUUCAGCAACAGAAGAGCAGGGCAUUCUAUCGCAUCCAGGCUACGCGCAUGAUGAUCGGUGCAGGGAACAUCCUGAAGAAGCAUGCUGCAGACCAGGCCAGGAAAGUGGUGAGCUGCCAUGAGGCCAAUGCACAAGAAGAGGAUCCUCACACCAUCUACUUGGAGUUUGAGCCCUCUCAUUACCAAUGCUUCGAGAACUGUGGUUCCCUCAAACUGGCUGUGGGCAGACAUGGAGGAGACAGUGGCUGCACAGUAAAGGUGGACUAUCGAACUGAGGAUGGCACGGCUAACGCUGGCUCAGAUUAUGAGUUUGCUGAGGGUACGCUGGUCUUCAAAUCGGGCGAGACCAUAAAGGAGCUGACGGUCGGUGUAAUUGAUGAUGACAUCUUUGAGGAAGACGAGCAUUUCUACGUGCACCUCAGUAACCCACGUGUCGUCCAUCGAGCCGAGGUCUCCAUUCUCGAUCCCAAUGCCCCAGGCAAUAGCCUUUUGGGCUCCGUCCCCAUUCAGCCAAAAGCUGCUCUGGGUGCUGCUCAUACUGCCACGGUGACCAUCUAUGAUGACGACCAUGCAGGGAUCUUCACAUUCGAGAGCGCAUCAAUGCGUGUGAGUGAGAGCGUGGGCAUCAUGCAGGUGAAGGUGCACAGAACGUCUGGAGCACGCGGAAAGGUUGCAGUGCCGUUCCACACCAGUGAGGGGACCGCCAAGGCUGGAGAGGACUACGAGGAGGUGGCUGGAAAAUUGGAAUUUCUCAACGAUGAGACCAUGAAGAUGCUUGAGGUGAAGAUUAUCGAUGAUGAGGAGUACGAGAAGAACAAGACCUUCACCAUCCAUCUGGGGGAGCCUAUACUUCUAGAGAUAGGACAGAAGCAUGGAGAUUCUAAUGACAACAAGCCAGCAGUAGGGAUCGAGGAGGAAGAGGUGGCCAAGAUGGGCUGCCCGAGUCUGGGAGAGCACACCAAGCUGGAAGUGGUGAUCGAAGAGUCCUACGAAUUCAAGAACACAGUGGAUAAGCUGAUAAAAAAGACUAACCUUGCAUUGGUUGUGGGCAGCAGUAGCUGGCGAGAGCAGUUUGUCAGCGCUGUCACUGUCAGUGCAGGUGAUGACGAUGAAGAAGAGAGUGGUGAAGAGCGCUUGCCCUCUUGCUUUGAUUACAUCAUGCACUUCCUGACUGUUUUCUGGAAGGUUCUGUUUGCGUUCGUUCCACCCACGGAGUACUGGAAUGGCUGGGCUUGCUUCUUUGUGUCCAUCCUGCUAAUCGGCGUGUUGACCGCCGUCACCGGAGACCUGGCCUCCCACUUCGGCUGCACCAUUGGCCUGAAGGACACGGUCACGGCUGUGGUGUUUGUGGCCCUCGGCACCUCGGUACCUGACACCUUUGCCAGCAAAGUGGCAGCCAUCCAGGACCAAUAUGCCGACGCCUCUAUCGGCAAUGUGACGGGCAGCAAUGCUGUAAACGUUUUCCUGGGCAUCGGCGUGGCGUGGACCAUCGCUGCUGUCUACUGGCACAGCAAAGGCAAGCAAUUCCAUGUGCCACCCGGCUCUCUGGCCUUCUCUGUCACGGUUUUCACCAUAAUGGCGCUGGGUUGCGUGCUCACGCUGCUGUACCGCCGCCGGGCCUCGGUCUCUGGAGGUGAGCUCGGGGGGCCGCGGACCGCCAAGCUGCUCACCGUUCUGUUCUUCGUCAGCUUGUGGCUCCUCUACAUCCUGCUGGCUUCGCUGGAGGCCUACUGCCACGUGCCUGGCUUCUGAGAGCCACAAAGAAGGAAGGAAUGAUGAGAGGGAAAGAGAUAGAGAGAGAGAAAGAGAGAUAAAAAGAGAUUUCCUUCCUGUGCAACCACCUAAUUAUUCUCCCUACUGUUGUGACAUACUGUAUCUAUAAAGUGUUCAAAUUGAUGUUUACAUUUGUUAUUGCACAUAAUUAGUUGUUGUUGGAAUGGGACCAGUUCCUUCUUGCUCCCACUGAGGUGGAUUCUCGGUGCUUGUGGAGGGUCUUAAGAUUCUUUUUAAUAACUGGAGGGAGCUCAGAGACAUUGCUUACUACACGGUUUACACGACUUGCUGUGUUCCAGCACCUGCUGAUCUCGACUACAUGGAAUAACCUACUCGAGAAAUCUCUUCAGCUCGUAUAGAAUGAGCUGUCUUUUUUUUUCCAGUCAUAUUUCCACUCUUUACUGUUGCCAUAUCCUGCUCCUUAUCAAUAGACUCACUGGUUUAGCAAGAGCUAUAGAUGUGCUUCACAGAUUUCCUAUACCACAGAACACGCCAGACUUCCCAGCAUCCCUUCAGAUCUCCACAGAAACACCUGCACAAACCAGCAUCAUCUUUCUCCAACCCCUCAAGCUAGUCUUUAUUUCUACUCCCUUCUACUGUUAAGUGCUCGUCUUGUGCAAGUGUUGGAAAAGUUCUUCUUUUUUACAUUUAUUUAUUCCUGAAAAGAAACUUAAUGAUGGAAUGUGUUUGUUAAUUGUGCUUAAAAGAGGUGUCACAAUUGAUUUAGCAUAGCACAAGAGAGAGAGAGAAAUUCAUGAUGUAGAGAUAAAAUUAUGAUAGAUGUAUAUUCAUAAGAUAAUACCUGCUAUUUAUUAUCCUUGCCUGUACUGUAUAUUAUGUGUUCAGUUGUGUGUGUGUGUGUGUGUGUGUGUCUGUCUGUCUGUCUGAGAGAGAGCAAGAGAAAUGAUUGUUUUGGACAAGGAAUGUGGUAUUCAGAGGAAAAAGCAACCAGUACCACAGUAACUAAUGUGUUUGUACCCCGAUCCUAUAAGCACACACACACGCACACACACACGCACACACACACACACACACACACACACACACACACAUACAUACACAUGACUAUAGAGUUGAGCCUAUAAAUACCAUUACAACCAUGACAUCAUUAUUAAUAUAACAAUUUUAAUAUUAAAAUUAAGUUGGUGUCUCCAAAGAUUUUAGAGUUGAUGCCAAGGUUGUAGUUUAGGGGUUGUUGUUGUUGUUAAAAUUCUACACAUAACAAUUUGUAACCUAACAGGUAUAAAAAACUGACUAUUGAUUUGUGAUUUAUAAAAUAUUGUUUGUUGUGAUGUUCUAUAUGGCAACUUUCUCUUGUUUGUGUCUGAAAUUACACAAUCAAUAGAUUCAAAAUCUUUUGAAUCACUGAAUGGGCAUUUCUGAAUAAGAAUUUAAAGUUAAACAGGGAGCAUAUGGGUUUAUGAUUAGUGCGCAUGACUUGCGUCUCCAGGGUUGGGGAUUCGAUUGUCCUGUGUGUGAAGCAGGAAUCAGUUCCUCCUUCAGUCCAAAGACAUGCCUUGUAGGCUGAUUGGCAUCUUUAAAUUGUCCUAGUGUUUGAGUAUGUGUGCGAUUGUGCCCAGUGAUGGGUUAUCACCCUGUUUAAGGUGUCCCUCGGCUUGUGCCCUGAGUCCAGGCUAAGGAUAAGCGCUACAGAUAAUGGAUGGAUGGAUUUGAACAAAGAACUGAAAAAUGACCCACUGACAUCUUAAGAGUCAUGAGCUUCCAUAAACCCCCAUGAGCACAUCUAUAUUAUUUUUGAGUAUUACUGCAUGUAGAGUAUGCUCUGUGGUGCUCUAAUGUGUGUGUGUGUGUGUGUGUGUGUGUACCAGAUGCUGAAAUAGACAGAUAACAAUACUUUGGUUAAGACAAGCUUCAGUACUCUCUAAUCUCUACUCUAAAAUUGUACUGCUUCCAUACUAACGUGACAGUCUAAGUCAAAAGAUUAUAAAUUGCAUAUGAAUAUGAAUACGGUGAACGUCUUGCUGCUGCAUUUGACUAGAAUUUUGGAAUCUGUGAAAUAUCGGGCUGUAAUCUUCACCCCAUUAAUCCAGCUCUGUUUGUGAUUAACAAAGCACCGGUUCUUCCAGUUCACAUCAGCACCGUUUCACUUUGGUUUAUGGGCCUGCUUAAUGUAUUCUGGAUUAAAUUUUAAAUCGAUUUACAUUUUUGCACACUCUAAUCAGUUACUUCCAUCUGUAUCUUAAGUAAUGAGACUUAAGUAAUGAGACCAGGAACCCAGAAACCUCCUUCGUUGUAUCAUUUUCAGUGUCUUUUUUUUAGGGUUUUCCUUCAGUACUUCUGGAAAUCUUCACAAUGAUCUUUGGUGUGAGAGGUUAUUAGGCUAGCUCUCGUUGACUUUUUAAGGCACACUUAAUUUUCUGCAAUUAUUAAAAAAGCUGUUUAUCUUUUCCUUUACAUAAAAGGGAUUCAAAAGGGUUAAAUGAGCAAAGCUUCCUUGUCUCAAAGACCCAUAGUAAAAGUCAAAACAUCAUCUGUGGAAGCUCCAAAAACCAGCGUGACAUCAGAAUUUUCUAUGGAAGUUUUAGCACAAUGUGUGUUUGUACCCCUUGACAUAUACAUGAUAUCAGGCAGGAAAAGAAAAGACAAGAAAAGAAAUGCAUCAAGAAUGACUAGUUUUUAAUGCUUCUUGUUGCUUGGCAACGUCUCACAGAGUCAUUGUCUUUCAGUCAUGUUGUCUGAUGUCAGUGUGCAAAAGCGCCCAGCAGGCUCUGUGGGUUUCUUUUUCUUUUUAAGCUUAUUCCUGUCUUUCUCUAACUUUUGAAUGACUUUUUAAUAUAUGUAGUCUAAUAUAUUACCUAUUUAAAAUGAACAGUAAUGAUGGAAUCAGGGUGUCAGUUGAGUUUUUAAGGGGUCAUUUUAAAGGAGCAGGUCGAAAUGCAGUUGCGUUCAUAAACCUUUUUUCUCCCAAUCACCUUCACCCCGUGUUAUGAAACUACUCAACACUGUGUCUUAGAAAGUAUAAUGCACAAGGCAACAUGGAUAUAACAACACAAACACAGAUUAAUCUGAGUCCAGAUCCUUGUUUGUUCAACUCGUAAAUACGACAAAGUUUCAUCAUGAAAUUACCUCCAACUUUUUUAACAACAAACAUGCUGAUAUUGGAAGUGCUUAUCAAAUAUUUAUCAGAGAAUUGUUGUUAUUUUUAUGUAGAUGUGUCUGAUUCACGUUAAAAAAAAAAAGAAAAAAAGAAAAAAAAAUCAAGUACCGGUGCUGACAAAGCUUCAGAGCAGUCCUCCUUCCUAAGUAUUCAUUAAGUCAUACAUGCCAAAAAAAAUCAUCAGCAUUCUUCCUCUGACAUACGGAUAAGCCUUUCAGAACAGAGAUACUGAUUGAUUUGAAUUUAAAGCUAAAGCCAGCACAGCACAGCACCUUUGUGUGAAGGAGUUGUCUCAUUUAGGCCUCUCUAUCAAACAUUUGUUUUCAGCAUGAGUUGGUGAAACAGUCGGUAGACCUCAGAAUUUAUUCUGGGCAGGAAAUGAGUUUCAUCUAAUUAGAGAUAACAGCAUGUAGAUGAAAGAAUUAUGUGGAUAUGGUGUGUGUGUGUGUGUGUUUGUGUGUGUGUGGAUUAGCAUUCAUAGCAUUUUCUACAUGGCAUCAAGACUGGUAUUAUAGACGAGAGACGAGACGAGAGCGCAGACAAAAAGAACAGCUGAUGGAUUGUGAUCUACCUUUUCGUUUCAUACGCUGCAGGCUCUGAUCUAAAGUUAAGUUUUAUAAGGACACAUACAGUAGAAGCACACAGCAAUGCUCAUUAUACAGCUGCAGCAUGUUUCCUGGCCUCACACACACGCUAACAAACUCUAUUCCAAACACACAAAUCAGAUGAAUCCUUCCAGUACAAGAUGGCCGGGUGUUGUUUUCUUGCAUGCUUGUUUCAUUGCCGUGUGUCAGUGCGUAUUUCAGUCUGUCACACGUGCCGUCGUGAUCCUCCAAUCUAAAGCAUGUCUUUUGUGUGUGUGUUUGUCUGUUUAAGUUUGUUUCUUUAAGCACAACACAGAAAUAUUUAUAAAAUGUGACAAAUUUUGUGUUGUUUUUUUAUGUAUUUGAUAAAUUACUGCUUUAAGGGACUUUUUUUUUUUAAAUACCAAGUGUUCUUAAUUUCCGGAUAUGAUAUUACUCUUUCAUUGGUUACUGCACAGGAGACAAAAUUCUAUUUUGAGUAAACCAAUUACUAAAGUGCUACAAGCAUUGCUAUUAUUACAAAAGAACAAUUUGUGUCAAUUAACGCUGUAAUUAAGUGUGUGUGUAUGUGUGCAUGUGUGUGUGAGUGUGUGUGUUUGUGUGUGUGUGUGCGCGUGCACGUUCAAGAAUGGUGUGAAUUUGUGUCGAACUCACUGAAGCUGUUCUGUGAAGGUGAAUGAAGAAUAAGUCUCUG